CUGUUAUGUAGUUCAUAGUUUAAUCAUUUUUUGAUUGCAAAUUGGAAGUGAUUGCAUUUUCGGUGUUCAGCAGAUUUUUCUUUUUGCGUACCUACGAAAAAUCUAACAUGGCGGACACUGAAACAAGAUGGCCGCUUAGCUAGUCGCUUAGCUUACAUCUGAAAUAUCAAACGUUACACUCUGAUAAACUUUCUGCGACUUGUGUUUGUAUCUCCCAAUUCUAUCCCUUCGCGUUAGCCUGCUUAGAUGGCUCCUCGCGCCGUAGUGGGUUUGUGUUUUGUUUUUCCCUGUUUUACGGUCUCGCGCGCACAUUAGUGAUACUAUUACGGUAUUUUUUCACCAUUCACUCACGAGACAAAGUGUAGCUCUCUCGCCUCCAUGGAAGCAUUCAUCGGUAGCACGUAGCCGAACCAUCACAGCACAGCUGAAUCAAUUGUAUGUGACAGAGGCACGGUAUCAAAGGUGAACACAAAUCUAGAAGCUUGCCAGAAAGGAUUUCUAAAGGUUUCACCUUAUUGCGGCAGAUGAAAAACUGAAAAAGUUUUGUUUUGUUUUAUAUGGCGACCUAUUGCAAUGCGAUGCAUAUGAAAGGCAGAAGACAUUUUAGCCGACCUACCGACCAUCAUGUUCAAGGCUAACCGGCAAUGAGUUCCUGAAACAAACUUUUAUGGGUACCGGAGUGCGGAAAGGCCGGAGACCGUAUCUGAUUCCAACCGCCAAACGUGCUUUGUACCACCGUCUGUUCCGAAAGCUCUGUAAACGGAGUUACCAACGCCGUAAUCUCGGGAAACGACGGUCCAAGCUACUUAACCUGUACUCUCGGCUGAUGCAUAAACAGUUCCUGACACACGGAUUGAAUGCUCGCCACCGAGGGCAUUGUUUGGUGCUGGACAAACGAUUUGGAGCACCCUGUAAAGGAACAAUUCCCAGCUACUUCCGGAAGCGUUUACUGAAGCGACGUUUUGAGGAAAAGUACAGCUCGAACGAAAAUGAACCGAAUGAGAGGGUGAUUGCAGUGGAUGACGAUUGUGGAUUAGAUACGGAUUCGAGUAACGAUGACACAGUUCUUGUAGAUGAAGAAGAUCGCCAUAAGGUCGAAAGGAAAAAACAUCCGGAGAUACCAGACCCGACCAAAUUUUCAAUACUUAAACAGGAAAUCAAAGAAUAUUGUGCUGUUCAAGAAAAGAUUCAAAUUGUACUAUCAAUGCUGAAGUCCCGAGCGAAUGAGUUAAUGAACGAGCAUGACAGUGUGACGGAAGACGUUGACAGACAGGAAGAGGCAAACAAUCUGCACUCCGAAGUAAAAUGUGAAGAAACGGAUUUUGAUGCUGCUGAACUAGAGUCGCUGGCUGAGAAAUAUUACAACUCAGAUGAUGACGAUGUCAAAGAGGUUAAGACCGAUGAGAAUGACGAGUCCGUGGAGGUGGAAGAAGAAAGCUCAAAGCCAGAAAUUGUGUUCGUAGACAUGGGUGCUUUGGACGACAGUUCCUGUAAUGAUCUGGAGCAAGUUGACUCUAAAGACAAUCUGAUUAUACACAAAAGCCUCAAGGAUAUUUCCAAAAUUGAUCUGCUUGAUCCUACUUUCAGUACCAUCAAAUUGGAACCUGUCGAUAAGAAACAUUCCGUUGUUGAUUCACUGUUCAGCAAGUUUAAUUUAAAACUUCCAGACUCACCAUCGAAGUCUACAUCGAACACUUUGAAUGAAGAAGAAGAGAAGAUCAUUGGAAGGCUUCGUGAUCGUAGAAAGACGGGUUCGAAGCCAUGCUACGUGGAUGAUGAAGUUGAACCUAAGAAAGUUCGUCCGUCUAAGAUAUUCGAUAAGAUACACAAGAAACUGAAUAUUGAGCUUGCAAAUUCAAAUUCGAAUUCUUCAACAGAAUUUUACGGCUUCGAUGAGGGGGAGGUAGUCAAACUAGAUAAACCCAGCGUUCCAGGGCUUCUACCAACGCCCAUCGUUAAAAAAUCUCGUCCGAAUGCACCGUUCCUAGCGCAUGGCACUUGCUUUGAAGACAUCAAAAUUGAGAAUCGUGACGAUCUAUUCCGUGAGGAAGGGCUAAUUUCAUUCGGAUCACUUCCACCUCGGCUUGAGUGUCCUCGAAGGCCAGAUGAUAUGGUUCGACCUAGAACGGUAGCUCAAAAACGAAUUCUAUUGCAGAAGAAAAAUGAUGUCCGUUAUCUGAUGAUAGACAAUGAGUCUAAGAUCUUCUACGAGCUCGAAAAGCGUAGUAAAAACAUUGACGCCGAAUUGGACUUUGAGCGAAUGCAAGAGUUACAAGAUCAGAACAUCCCCUUUACUCGAGAUACAUGGCGUGCAUUGGCUUGGUUGAGAACCGAGAAGGGCAGAUAUUACUUUCAAACAUUGCGUGUUGACAAUCAUUCCAUUAAGCUCAGUGGUUGUCGAGGUAAUCACUUCAGCAAACGACAUAGCAAAAAGCAACUCUCCGCACCGGUAACGGUUCCGCGCAAACACGUUUGCCGUUGUCCGGAGCUACCAACUAACAUUGAAAUAGAUCUCAGUGCGAUUGCUCCGCCUGGUAGUACACAAGUAGUUGUGAAACCGGAGUCUGAAGAAUCAGCAUGUUUUAUCUCCGAUGCGGACAAAAAACUACUCUGCAGUAGCACAAACCGUAUGAUCAUCACCCGACCAGGACCACUUUCGUCCAAACUACGCAACAACACUAAAGUUUUUCCUCACUCCGAAGAGGAUGCCUAUCUGGGUCCAUUAGAAAUCCUCGAAAUGCCACGGGUAGAGAUCGAAGUAUUUCCCAGAAUCGACCGUCCUUUAGAUCCUACUGUGAAACCGUAUCUCAAAAUGAUUCUUCCAUUCCGAGGAAUCACCGAAAAAUGGGCCCGCUUUUCCGUUUCCACACUGAAAACCCCGGAUCGGGAUGAAACGGAUUCCCGGUCAUUUUCAUUUUCCCUUCCCUACAACAACAAUCAACACCGACUACUUAUUCGACGGCGGCUACUGGAAUCCACUACGACAAUGGAAAAGCAUACGCUGUCGGCUGAAAGUUUGCAAAAGUUCGAAGCCGAACAAAAAUUGCCACUAACGUUCCGGAAGCAUUUGGAAGAACCUAGCGAGCCUGUAGAUCCGGUUGAGAAAGAAUGUGCUGAUAUACUGGCCGAAAUGACCGAUGCUGUUGCGAUCGGUUUGGCUGAAGAUCUUUUCAUUGGACAAGACCCUGAUGGCGAUUAUACCAAAGAGGAUAAACCAGUACAUAAACCGGCCUGUAUACAGGACAAUGUUGGCAAAUCAAGCGAGUGUGCUGCCAAAUCCAAACGAAUGAUACGAGAAAUGAAGCGCCUUAAUGCAACCAUUAUCGAAAGUAUCCCACAGCCGUUAUCAGCCUCCGGGGCCCUAGGAGAUGAUUCAAAGUUACGCUGUGAUCAACAGUACUGUUCGAAGGGCUGCAUUUGCGAUGUGUUCACUGGCGGACGGUAUACGACCAGUGGAAACAAAAAUCACUGCAGUAAAAUUGAUUGCAUCUUCGGGUGCGAUUGUGGCUACGAAAAGAAACGAACGGCAUCCGUUGAUGCACGAAAAGAUUCAUCGUCAGAUCUGCGAGAAGACGGACUCAGUUCGCUUUCCAACGAAGAUGUCAAAUAUUUACGGGAGAAGGCAACGGCUCGAUUGGCCAAGGAAGAACGUGAGUUUACCCCGACGGUGAUCAUGACUACCAACAGUACAGUACUGGUACGCAACACGGAAAUGGAAGCACGGAGACACAAGAAAAAACCGAAAAAGUAUGAUGACUAUUAUAAUGGAGACAAUGUGAGAUGUAUCAUCAACGGAAUUAUUCCCGAUGAAGGAGAGCCCAACCCCCGGGACGUUAUUGUGGAGCGUGUAAAACCCAAAGUGGCGAUAGAUCGACCUUUGAGUACACUGGAGAAAAUUCGACACAGCCAUGUAGUAUUGAACAAACUGCAAGAUUUAGAUGAAAUUGAGGCGUGGUGCAUGGUACACUGUUUGUAUCGUUGCUACUGUCGCGGUAAUGCCACUUCUGGAAAACCUUUCAAAUUUAACGAAGAAAGUAACAUAGUUCUUCCAACACCUGCUGUGACUCCGGCACCUGAUGCACUGUUACAAGUGUACGAACCUCGCCGGAGGCGUUUGUAUUCGUUUGAGAAACCGGACGAGAUGAUGGAGGAAAUUCAACCACCGGUGAGGAAGCGAGAUAGUUCGGAAGAAUCGUACAAACCGUGGAGUGAGCGAAGGAAGAAAAAACGGCGAACUAUAGAAGAACACUCCGAACCAUCGACUUUGGAAGCGAAGUGUGCUAGCGAAUGUGUUUCUACCUCAACAAGAGCCUCAAUUGAGGAUCUGCAAAUUACUGACGGGCAAACAUGUCGGCGAGUGAUUCCGGCCAAUCGAAAUUUCUAUAAAACCAGAAACUACUACCGCAAAGAACGGUAUCAACGUGAUAUUGCGGAAUGCAAACGCAAAAAUCCGUUUGCAGAUAAACGACUUCGGCAGCUGCUUGAACGGUGCGAGAAAUCAUUUAUCAAUGAACGCAAACAGGAGAUUGAAAAUUCGAUGCGAAAUACCUUUUCUAGUGUAAAAACCCCUCCACCGAAGCGUACUCAGGAGCCUAUUUACAUAGAUAUCGUGGGUGAUGACUUAAAAAUCGAAAAGCAUUCCGUAUUGAGCCCCUUGAUGGACUCUAAUAAGGUGCUAAUAUUUUGUGGGAAAAAGAAAUACUACGUUGAAAGUGAGUCUCUAGAAAACGGAAAACUGAAUUUAAUGAACAUCGCGAAGAAAUUCCGAACUACAGUUUACGUAAUCAAAAAAGUUCUCGAUGAACCACUUGCCAAAAACAUCACUUUUAGCUACAAGGACGAAAGUAUUACUGUUCGGGGUCGAGCGUACCGUAAAAAUCUACCGUACGAACAAUCAGCAAACGAACAUGUCGAUUUAAAUUCCAACUGCGACAGUGAAGAACAAUUGUCCACUCCGUCACUGGUGCAAGAGUCAGGUUCGGAAAGUGAUGCGCAAAAGUUGAUGUUAGAUCAAGUAAAUUCCGAUAUCAUGCACACGAUGCAGCACAUUCGGGAGAUGCUAAGGAAGAACACACUGAAGCUUAACCCACCCAAAAAAGGUAUCCUGUACUUAUUCCGAUGGGAAAAGUUUCUGCAAGCCUUCAACGAAGAACUGCUAGAUGUUUGGGACAUAAAGUUUCAAAACGGUACAGAGCUGGUUGUAAUCACUACCGAUACAGCCAACAAAAGUACUCCAUCGUUCAAAAACACCAAAUCAGUUCGCUUGGUCCGUCGGUGUACAUUCGAUACCAAAGAAGUAUCUUUGCUAACCCAAAUGGUCGUUUACCAACUAAGUAAUCCAGAAACUAACAAACUGUCGCUGGUUCUCUUCGGAACGGAAAAUUACUGGAGAUUUUGUGGUUUCAUUAAAUCUUCUAACGACUCCCUCAACAAAGGCGUUGAGGUUCGGCCCACACCAACGUCACAUCCUAAACUAGCACCCAAAAUCAACCGUUACUUUGAAGCAUUCGUAGCUAGUAGGAAGGUAAAAGCGGAAACAGUUGCGGUGGAAUUCAAACAACCAGUCGCACCUACACCCGAAGCUCCAUUGCCAAUUAAAGAUGAAGAACCCAUUCCAACGCCGCACCAGAAACAGCAUGCCAUUCCAACUAAAAUCUCAACCUUCAAAACUAACGUCAAGCUAAUGGAAACCAAAAUUAAAGAUUUCAAAAACAUUGCCAUCCCGAAUGUUGGAACGCGGCGUUGGUUCAUGCUGAACGUGAUUAACGACUUCAGCGAUAUCUAUAUUCCGAGCUGGAAAUCAUGCCUUACCUACGGAAGAAUUAGACAAGCAAUUCAACUGGCCAAUCGUUACGGGAAAACUGUCAAAUUGACCUCAAUUGUGCUGAAAAACAACCAGGAAGACGUACUGCCACAAAUUUAUGCUGCUCCCGGGCAGGGUGAUUGCAUCUUUCUGGGACCGUACACCUAUACACAAAAUAUCGACCUUAUGCUGUGUCAGAAUGUCGAUGGGAAAAUGUAUACCCGAGAAGAGUACGAAAGAAACAAUCAUAUUGUGCGAACGGAGCAGACCACCGGUUCGUGGUUGUACAUGAAGCCUAUCGUGCAAACUGCGGCUGCGCAUCUUCAGGCAAUGACAAAGAUCGCACCACCCUCGCAAAUAGCAACCGUAGCAAGUACUAGCAAUGAUGAUUGCGUCGUAAUCGAUGAUGAUGACGAUGUUGAAGAUGAACCAACGAAAGAUGAAUCAAAUCCUUCAAGAGAAACCGAUCUGAAUGCAGAAUUAUGCAAAAAUAACAACAGUCAAUUGGAAUCACUUAUACAUCAGUUGUACGACAACUCCGACUCCGACGACGGCAUCAAAACGGAAACAUCGCCGAAGCACUCGACUUCAAAACCAUUGGUAUCCCAAACUGUCACAGCUGAUAAAUCUACUAAAAACAAUAUAUCACUAUUGGUUGAUAAAACAAUCGCCGAAAGCAAACAACUACGGGUUACACCAGUUUUGAAUGACGGUGGUAUUUCCAGUAGACAACUUUCGCCAUCUGUUGACACUAUCUCGAAUGGAGCCAGUAUAGAACAUGUAUCGCGUAAUGAAAAAACAGCCUCUGGGAAAGAUACGAACAUUCUGAAAAGAAAAUCUUUGGAUACAAUUGAGAGAAUCAAUUCAAGCCCUCCAAAGACAAAAACUGUUCGCUCAUCUCUACCGUCUACUUCUUAUACUGCCGAUGAGGUUGUCUGUUUAGACGAUGAUGACGAAGACGACUCUACAAAAAAUCUACAUACCAAACAUCCUCCAAAAACAAAGAUUCCUUCUAGUACGACAAUUUUGAAUAGUCAGCAAGCGGCCCUUAUCGCUAGUAAAAUUAACUUACUGAACCCUAACCAGAAAGGAGUUGUGUACAACCCAUCCACCGGAGUCUUACGGAUUAAACGCUCAGUUAUGAAUAGUAUCACAGCAGGUUCACCUCUGUCGCUUCCAGCUAUACCUUCAAGCUCGAAGCAGUCACCUAGUUCAACAAGCCCUGCAAAAAAUUUACCCGAAAAAUCACCUACGCUCAAAAGCAUACCAACAUCUGCUCGUAACGUGCAGGAAUCAAUGACAACAUUGAAACAAUCACUGCAGAAGCCGCCAGCAAUAUCACAAUUGGGUACUUCGGCGAACAUGCAGCAAUCAAUCGUUAAACCACCCAAAGUACCAACCGAAGGGAUCUUGCGCAGUAACAUUCCCGGCCUAGGUCUAGUUCCAGUUCUCUGGUCAAGUAAAGACAUAAUCAUUAAAGUACGCGAGUUGUCCGUUAAACAUCAAUUCGUCCGACUGUUUAAUUUCGAAGCUGCAAUUCUUCUACUAAAUCGAUUUAUUCGGAAGAAUACAUACACAUUCAAACCAUUCUCACUAACCAUUGGAUGGAAGUUCGAGCCACGAUCAACGCCACUUCCGGCGGAAGAGAAUCUCAUCAACACUAUUAGCCUGAGAUGUAUUGUUUCCCCUGAUGGUGUCAUCGAUUUGUACAAAGCUAGUGAAAUUGUUGCGUUUCAAAACACAAAACCAAACUUCUACGAGGAACUCCUGCUGCUACGUCUGUCGAUACUUUGCUGCAAAAAAGAUCAAUACGAGCAAGAGAAGUGCCAUAAAUUCUUCGAAAACAUCUUUAUAAAGGCUGCUGCCACUAUCCGGGAGCUCAAAUCAGCGUCGGAAGCGCUUACUACCCAAAGUACCUUCCUACGUGAACAACAGGCUGAACGACGCGCCUAUCUAGCCACGUUAGAGGCUAAACUGGGUAAACGGUCGUUACCGUCAGUCGGCCGUAUGGUAUCGAAGCGAGUUUCUGUUCCGAAAUCGAUACUAGACUGUGUUUCGCAGUCCAAGGCAACUUCGACUUCGGCUGAUCCGAAACCAGCGGACUCCAUCAGUCGACAACAAAAAGAAGCUGUGAUUGUUAUCGAUGACGAUUAGGUUCAGAAUUGAAUGUAUCUGAAUCGGUCGCUCGGAAUGCUAGAAUUGUUAAGUAUUCUAAGUUACUUUUAUUUCGUUCAAAACGGUUUUAGUGUUAAGAUGAUUUAAGAUCAAUUAUUCGGCAGAACAAAAUUAUUGUACUAGUCUAGUAGAAGCGUUCUAGCUUAUUUCAUUCUAAAGCUUCCCGAAGAGCUAAACAAUUCGUAUCAAAAAAGGAUUAGAUUAAUGUAACAUAAAACUAAGCUCUAUAUCGAACGAUCUCGGGUAAGCAUGCAACUUCUGUAUUCAAUUGUCAGACUGUCAUCCUCAAGCAUGGAGCUUGUGAUUGCAAAUUCACAAAACUAUUUGAUAAGCCAAACAUCACAAUAAAAAGAUGCAAUAAA